AUGUCACUCCAUCAGGAGGCGAUAACUCUCCUGUCCUUUUUUGCCGCCUGGGCCUUUCUGGCAAUUUGUUUGAUCUUGUGGCAUUGGCGCUGGUGUCCAGACGGGGAGGACCGCCCUUUGCAGACCAGGCUCAUGGAAAUUGAGACUGGUGAGACGGCAAGGUUAUUGGUGCAGGAAGAGAACGAAAAGACGCUUGUUGAUCCCUGCACGAGAAAGUCUUUGGUGAAAAUCCCAAUGGGUAUCCACCAAAAGGCAGUGUGGUAUGGAAUCAUGAACAGUGUAUGGAUCUUGAGCAUUCUCCCAGUCAGUUUGGUGUUUCUGAGCUUGUGCGCCUGGCUCCCAGUUUGCCUGUCCAACUUCUUCAAGGUGGCGCUGCAGCUGGUCAUAUUGAUGAUUUGCCUUAGUGUCUUGAUCAACAACUUCUCUGAGUCUCUAUUUUCUUCUGGAGCCCUUCCCAAAUUCAGCGACAUGGUCAGAGGUUUCGCGCUCUUUUGCCUGGCUUCUCUCGCUGUCAUCACAGUGUUUGUGGGAUUUGUGAGUGUGAACCAACACAUAUACAACGGAAUGUGCGAGAGAGAGGCGCUACCCCUCUUCUUCCCAAUCACAAAGGAAGCCUUGGCAGAGUGCAAUGCUGGUCAUGCGCCAGAAGCUUGCCACCGGAUUCACGCAGAAGAUGUUGUCAAAAAUGAAACUGAUGGCAACGAGUGUGUGGAAUGGUGUCAUAUGACGGGUCUUCUUCUACCGUCUGCUGCUCGCAUGGACGUCAUGGGGUGCUUCAAAGCAGAGGCUUGGGCGGCUUUCUCCUUGCUCAACUGGGGUGGAGUGAUUUGGACUGCGGUGAUUGCAGCUUGUGCCUAUCAAUUGAUUCGCUCGUGUGGCCAGAAAGAGACUCCCUCGGACCCCUCGAAGGCAAACCCGGACGAGAACAACGGCACGACUAAUGGAACUCCCUCAACCACAGAAUUCAGCAAGAGGGGCCCAUAUUUAAAUGCCAAGCUUCCUUGGGGCAUCACCGAGAUGGCUUUUCGCAGUGCCAGCAAGAAUGACAGAGCUGCCGAGAAGUUGAAAUUGAUAUCGGACCUUGUACUGAGCCAAUUUGAACCCUUUAUGGACAUCUACUCCGGUGUCAGCCUUUUGGCGCAGGGCCAACCUUACUACGGUUUCGGCAUGCUUGCUGCAACCUUGUUGCCAAGCUGGUUCCACGAUCGAGAUCCCUUUCAGCGAGGGAUGGUGAAGGAGCUUCAACGAUCUAUUCAUCAAGGUUAUUCGACGCGUGGCAUGCUUGAACACCAAGACCGAGAGGGUCGCUAUGAAGGAACGAUGUCGGCCAUUGUAGCUGCGUGUGCUUUGAUCCGCACACCCUCGCUGCCGGUCAGCACAACACUGACACUUUUGAUCAGUGUCGUCAGCUCUUUCUUCAUCAGCAUUCCAACAGGUUGCAGGGCCAGGAAGAUCUUGGAUUCUGGAAUCGACAAAGACAACUACUACGGAGCAGAAGAAGCGAAACGGGACAUGUCAUGGGGCGAGAAAUUCUAUCUUUCCGCCUGGACUGUACAUCUUGGUUGCGUCCUGGGGUGGUUCUGUUGCUCUGUGCAUGAACUGGGCAAGAUAGCCUUUGGCUUCGGUGAACUCCAAGACCUUGCCUUGCCCUUGUCAUCCUUUUGUUUGGAGGGGUUGCCUUGA